CGAUUUCUAUUCCCUUCCAAAAGCAGCGUUUAGCUAUUACUUCUCUGUUCUGAUUUUCUUUUUCAAUUUUUGCCCUCAGCUUCAUCUUCUGCUUCUGUAACUUUCUUUCCAACCAUCUCACGUUUCCCUUUUUUUCCAUUGAUUGCAGAGGAGACCUAGAUAUUUAAGGGCUGUUGUUUUGUUUCACUCAAACCUAUGGCUGCUUUCACCUCUUUCUCUCUUUUUCGUAAUUAUGCAAUGACUGGAAGGAUUGUUGCAAUUGUGAGAGCCUCACCACGACUCUCUUCUUCUCUCACCUCCAUCAAUUUUCUAACACCAAAUCACUCACGCAGAUAUCUAUGUCGUGCUAGUCCUACACAUGAUGAAGAGGCUGCGGCAAAGGCAGCUGCAAUCAAUUCUGAUAGUGGAGCUCCAACCAUAUUUGACAAGAUCAUAGCUAAGGAAAUUCCUUCAACCAUCGUGUAUGAAGAUGAUAAAGUCUUAGCAUUCAAAGACAUCAGUCCGCAGGCUCCUGUUCAUGUUUUGGUGAUUCCAAAGUUUAGGGAUGGGUUGACACAGCUUGGGAAGUAAGGGAGAAAAAGAUUGGACAAGAAGAAUUGGCAAUGAUCGUCAUUUAAUCUGCAUAGAGGAUCCUUCUAUGGUAUCUCAUGACCUUGGUCGAGUGGUGGACAAGUUCAGCAUUAAAGUUCUAAGAGAAGAGUUUGAACGAGCGGCUGAUGUAAUGCAGUAUGAUCCAAAUCCUUAGAUAACACUCUUUGAACCUUACGUCCCUGGGUAACAAAACAUUGUCCAAGUGUGUUAGAAAAUCAAUGGUUAAAAUUAUUUGGUUGGUUUUUGUAGUCGAUGUGCUUUGCGUCCCCCAUAAUCUUCAAAUUUGACCUUUUGAGUUCACAUCCAUUUUAAAGAAGUUUAAGCUUAUUAUAUGUAAUCAAGAAAAGAAAUUUCCAAACAUUUUAUGGAUGGAUGUUAAACAAGUUGUAAUUAAUUGAUUGAUAGUGUAUACAAAUUCAUGUAUGAUCCAAA